CAACGGCAACAACAACGACGGAUACACAAGCGCGAAUAUGGACGUGGAAGACUACGAGGAGAACCUGAGAGCGCUCGACCGAACGCUGACAGAGCUCAGGGCGGAGCUGAAGAGCACAAAGGACGAUGAUGCCAAAGCCAGCAGGUUGGAACAGGAGAUUGCCGCUGUGGAUCGGCGUAAACGAGAGCUGUUGGCUGCCAAGACAGAGGCGUGCGGUGGGUCUCGCGAUUCCGACCUGGCACCCACCUUCGAGCACGGUUUUGGAUCCGUCCUCCAAGAAUACACGCUUCUCGGCGAGCUCAAGCUUGCUGGGCGACAGAACGUGCCCGGCGUCUAUGUUCGCGGUCAUCCUGCCACAUCCUUUGCGUGGGAUGGCGUGAUCUUCCUCCACGAUGGGCUGUAUGAGGGCGCGUGCUUCAAGUUCCGCGUCAUUAUCCCGCCAAAAUAUCCAGACCACAACGUCCCGCGUGUGUUCUUCCAAAGCCAAAUCACCCAUCCGAUGAUAAACGAAAUGACUGGCGAGCUGGACAUGAAGCGCCACUUUCCGGCGUGGGACCCGAAGCGCAACCGUCUGUGGCACGUGCUGCGCUGCAUUCGGCACAUCUUCUUCACCAUCGACACUGACCACCCCGCCAACGCCGGCGCAGCAGCACUGUACAAGAUGGGUUCUGCUGCGUUUCGAACAGUGGCGCAGAAGAGCGUCAAGGCGUCCGUCCACGCAGCAACGUCCCGCGUCGGAAACACGAUCGACAUGCACGCGUGGGACGACUCGUAUGAAUCUGUGCUGCGCGUCCUUAAACAGUUUGACAAACACAGCACGAAACGGUGGAGGGAAAUGCAGGCACAGCUGGAGCGCCAAGGGCGGGCGCGUGCUGGGAUGCAGCAGACGUCUGACACCAAGACGGCGCAGGUGCUGUCCACGAUCACGCACCGGCUGGCAAGGGAGGCCGACACCCGCAAGUUCACCAUGGAGCCCCGCUUGAAACCAUACAUCCACGCCGUUCUCGGCAAGCACGGCGAAACAACCGACGUGCGGCUUGCGGACUGGGGCUGCUCCGGCCACGUGACGCUGUGGCGCGAGGACACGGAGACGCUCGAGCGACGGUGGCUGCUGCUUGACGAACACAGGGGGACGCUGACGGUGUUUGCCACGGAACGGGAGGAGAAGGAGGUGUCAUCGCUGCCCAUUGACGCAAUCUGCAGCUGUCACCAGGACGACGACACAGCAGCGAGCGCAAGCAACAUGUUUGUGGUUGUGACACCCACGACGACGCUUCGGUGCGGUGCGCUGUCCUCGGACGGGCUGCACGUGUGGCUGUCGGCCAUUGUGCACGCCAUGACGCUCAAGCCAGGGGAGGCGGCACCCCGCGACGACCUCGAACACACAACAACCGCCCUCUACUGAACACGCACGCACACACACACAUGCAUACAUACAUACGUGCACACACACUUGUGGUCGGUCGUGAACAACAGUAGCUGUGCCAGUGCAGUGAGCAAUUUGUGUAUUGUCGCCCUAUUCAACAAGCAAUGUGAGAGUGAGUGAGAGAAAAAAAUUGAAGGAGCAUGGCUGUCCGCAUCAUCGGAACAAUCGCAGCAACAGCCGGCCAUCAGGCCAUGAAAUGAACAAGCAGAGCAAG